AAAAGGUAACGCUUUUCCAGAAAGGUACUGAGGAUGUCUUUACCAGCAGCGAUGCACACGGAACCGGGUCUUGAGGAAGCAACAAGUACAUAACACUUUAAUGUUACAAUUAUAGUUAACUACGUACUUUUGGCUAGUUUUAACCCUUGUCCCAAGGGGGCCGUCCCUCUUUGCAGCGCGACUAUUUAGGAGCCCCUGACCGAAUUGCGAGUCGCUGAAGGAGAAAAUGGUCAAAACAAAGGGUGGCAGGCUGCUCAACCCUGCGGAUGCGUUCCGCAAGGAGCAGCGGAAGAAGGAGGUGGCACGGAACAAAAUGGAGCGCAAGUUCAUCCGUGAGGGAGCAAGGCUAAGGUCAGAUCCUGACACGCUAAAGAAGGAGCUUCAGGAGCUGAUUGAUAUGGAGGAGAACGGCACGCUCCCCAAGAAUCUCAAGCUGAAGAAGAAAGCGCUGCAGGAGGCCUACGACCAGGCCAUCAAGCGAAAAAAAGAGGAGGAGCUCAAAGCAAAGAUAGGUGGGCCCCAGCUAGCAGCCCCCGGCGCGGCGGGGCCUGUGAUGCUCCGGCCGCAGGACUCUCCCUACUAUCACCCCACCCUCAACCCCACGGGCGCGCCGCCGCCUGGCAAGGGCGUCGUGCCCGCCGUGCCAGCGAAAGCCCCUGCCGGGCCAGCAAUCCCCGUGCCCAAGGCGCCACCGCUACCGUCAGGGCCGAAGCCGACGAUGCCGCCUCCGCCAGCGGCGCCGCCGCUGCCCAAAGGCCCAGCGACAGGGUUCUCCUACUGUCCUUGUAAGGACAUUU